AUGCACGGGGAUCUGCUAUUGGCUGGCGGGGUGGACAUCAGUUGGACAUCAGUUGGACAUCAGUUGGACAUCAGGUGGACAUCAGUUGGACAUCAGUUGGACAUCAGUUGGACAUUAGUUGGACAUCAGGUGGACAUCAGUGGACAUCAGGUGGACAUCAGUUGGACAUCAGUGGACAUCAGUGGACAUCAGUGGACAUCAGUUGGACAUCAGUUGGACAUCAGUUGGACAUCAGUUGGACAUCAGUUGGACAUCAGCUGGACAUCAGUUGGACAUCAGUUGGACAUCAGUGGGCAUCAGGUGGACAUCAGUUGGACAUCAGUUGGACAUCAGUUGGACAUCAGUUGGACAUCAGUGGACAUCAGUUGGACAUCAGUAGACAUCAGUUGGACAUCAGUUGGACAUAGGUGGACAUCAGUUCGACAUCAGUUGGACAUCAGUUGGACAUCAGUUGGACAUCAGUUGGACAUCAGGUGGACAUCAGCUCGACAUCAGUUGGACAUCAUGCAGUUGGACAUCAGUCGGACAUCAGUUGGACAUCAGUGGACAUCAGUUGGACAUCAGUUGGACAUCAGUUGGACAUCAGUUGGACAUCAGUUGGACAUCAGUUGGACAUCAGUGGACAUCAGGUGGACAUCAGUUGGACAUCAGUUGGACAUCAGUUGGACAUCAGUUGGACAUCAGUGGACAUCAGGUGGACAUCAGUUGGACAUCAGUUGGACAUCAGUUGGACAUCAGUGGACAUCAGUGGACAUCAGUUGCACAUCAGUUGGACAUCAGUGGGCAUCAGUUGGACAUCAGGUGGACAUCAGUUCGACAUCAGUUGGACAUCAGUUGGACAUCAGUUGGACAUCAGUGGACAUCAGGUGGACAUCAGUUCGACAUCAGUUGGACAUCAGUUGGACAUCAGUUGGACAUCAGUUGGACAUCAGUUGGACAUCACUUGGACAUCAGUUGGACAUCAGUUGGACAUCAGUUGGACAUCAGUGGACAUCAGGUGGACAUCAGUGGACAUCAGUUGGACAUCAGUUGGACAUCAGUUGGACAUCAGUUGGACAUCAGUUGGACAUCAGUGGACAUCAGCUGGACAUCAGUGGACAUCAAAUGACAUCAGUGGACAUCGGUGGACAUCAAUGGACAUCAGUUGCACGUCAGUUGGACAUCAGGUGGACAUCAGGUGGACAUCAGUUGGACAUCAGUGGACAUCAGGUGGACAUCAGUUGGACAUCAGUUGGACAUCAGUUGGACAUCAGUGGACAUCAGUGGACAUCAGUGGACAUCAGUGGACAUCAGUUGGACAUCAGUGGACGUCAGUUGGACAUCAGUGGACAUCAGUGGACAUCAGUGGACAUCAGUGGACAUCAGCUGGACAUCAGUUGGACAUCAGUUGGACAUCAGUUGGACAUCAGUGGACAUCAGUUGACAUCGUUAGUUGGACAUGAGUUGGACAUGAGUUGGGCAUCAGUUGGACAUCAGUUGGACAUCAGUGGACAUCAGUUGGACAUCAGCUGGACAUCAGUUGGACAUCACUUGGACAUCAGUUGGACAUCAGCUGGACAUCAGUUGGACAUCAGUGGACAUCAGUUGGACAUCAGCUGGACAUCAGUUGGACAUCAGUGGGCAUCAGUUGGACAUCAGCUGGGCAUCAGUUGGACAUCAGCUGGACAUCAGUUGGACAUCAGUUGGACAUCAGUGGACAUCAGUUGGACAUCAGCUGGACAUCAGUUGGACAUCAGUGGACAUCAGUUGGACAUCAGCUGGACAUCAGUUGGACAUCAGUGGACAUCAGUUGGACAUCAGUUGGACAUCAGUUGGACAUCAGCUGGACAUCAGUUGGACAUCAGUGGACAUCAGUUGGACAUCAGCUGGACACCAGUUGGACAUCAGUGGACAUCAGUUGGACAUCAGUUGGACAUCAGUUGGACAUCAGUUGGGCAUCAGCUGGACAUCAGUUGGACAUCAGUGGACAUCAGUUGGACAUCAGCUGGACAUCAGGACAUCAGUGGACAUCAGUUGGACAUCAGUUGGACAUCAGUUGGACAUCAGUUGGACAUCAGUUGGACAUCAGCUGGACAUCAGUUGGACAUCAGUUGGACAUCAGUGGGCAUCAGUUGGACAUCAGUUGGACAUCAGUUGGACAUCAGCUGGACAUCAGUUGGACAUCAGUGGACAUCAGUUGGACAUCAGUUGGACAUCAGUUGGACAUCAGGUGGACAUCAGUUCGACAUCAGUUGGACAUCAGUUGGACAUCAGUUGGACAUCAGUUGGACAUCAGUUGGACAUCAGUUGGACAUCAGCUUGGACAUCAGCUGGACAUCAGUUGGACAUCAGCUGGACAUCAGUUGGACAUCAGUUGGACAUCAGCUUGACCAUCAGUUGGACAUCAGUUUUCGACAUCAGUUGGACAUCAGCUUGGACAUCAGUUGGACAUCAGUUGGACAUCAGCUGGACAUGGACAUCAGUGGACAUCAGUUGGACAUCAGUGGACAUGUGACAUCAGUGGACAUCAGGACAUCAGUUGGACAUCAGUUGGACAUCAGUUGGACAUCAGUUGGACAUCAGUGGACAUCAGUUGGACAUCAGUUGGACAUCAGUUGGACAUCAGUUGGACAUCAGUUGGGACAUCAGUUGGACAUCAGUUGGACAUCAGUUGGACAUCAGUGGACAUCAGGGACAUCAGUUGGACAUCAGUUGGACAUCAGUGGACAUCAGUUGGACAUCAGUUGGACAUCAGUUGGACAUCAGUUGGACAUCAGUUGGACAUCAGUGGACAUCAGGACAUCAGUUGGACAUCAGUUGGACAUCAGUUGGACAUCAGUGGACAUCAGUUGGACAUCAGUUGGACAUCAGUGGACAUCAGUUGGACAUCAGUUGGACAUCAGGCGCGGAUGUGCGGGAGCUCGCGGUCUCAACGCCGCUCUGUGA